CGGCUGACACAGAUCCAGUUUCCUGGGCAGGCAGAUUAAAAAAAAAAAAAAAGAAAGAAAGAAAAGAAAAGGAAAAAAAAAAAAAGAGAGAGGGGAACAACAACAAAAAAAUCGUUUCCCUGCCUGAGCUUGGAUGUUUUCCUUUCGCUUUGCAAAGUUUUCCCUGCUCAGCCUCCAUUCCCUCCCCUCCUCCAGAGCAGGACGGGACCGCGGAGCCCUGAGCCACGGAUCCCGGGUACCGGGGAGCAGGGAAAGGGCAGCUCAUGUCCCUGCCGAGCCCUGCAUGGCCCCAGCGAGACGAGCCUCCCCCCUGCGGCCCCACCACCGGCCUCCCCCCGGCUUCAUCCGACAGCGACUCCGGCUGUGCCCUGGAAGAGUACCUGGAGCCCCCCGCGGACCCCGCACCCCCCGAGGUCCCGGCGUGUUCCGGAGCCCACCCACCGCAGCCCGUCUCUGCCGCCGAGAGGCUCCAGCUCCGCGCCAGAGCCCUCUUGCAGCAGCUGCCUCCUCAGGACUGCGAUGAGCGGUACUGCCCGGACCUGGCGGAGGAGGAGAGGAGGCAGCUACGAGCGUUCAGCGCCCGCCGGAGACGGGAGGCGCUGGGGCAGGGGCUGGCAUGUCCAGUGCCAGGUCCUUGCCAUGGCUGCCCCUGCAAGAAGUGCGGCAGGAGGCUGAAUAAAGGGGACCCAGGGAUUUCAGCAUCCCGGCUGGGAGACCAGUUCUGGCACCCGUCCUGCUUCUCCUGCCACUUCUGCCACCAGCCCCUGGUGGAUCUCAUCUACUUCCAGCAGGAUGGGAGGAUCUACUGCGGCCGGCACCACGCUGAGCUCUUCCGACCCCGCUGUGCCUCUUGUGACCAGCUGAUCUUCAUGGAGGAAUGCAUCGAGGCGGAGGGUCGGCGCUGGCACCUGGAGCAUUUCUGCUGCCUGGAGUGCGACGAGCCCCUGCGCGGGCAGCGCUACGUGAUGAAGAGCGGCCGGCCCUGCUGCUGCGGCUGCUUCGACAGCCUCUUCGCCGAGCCCUGCCAGGCCUGCGGGGACCCCAUCGGUGCUGACAGCGAGGAGGCCACCCACCAAGGGCUCCACUGGCACGCCCGAGCCGCCUGCUUCUGCUGCAGCCUCUGCCGAAAGCCGCUGCGGGGGCAGCCCCUCACCUCCCGCCGCGGCCGGCUCUUCUGCUCCGAGACCUGCAGCCUGGGGCGGGACUCCUCCUCCACCGCUUCCGACUCCUCCGACUCGGCUUUCGCCUCCGCUCCGUCCCCCGACUCGACGCCCCUUUCCCGGGCCGGUCCCGCCGGCAGGAGCACGGCGGGGGCCGGGGGCUGCAGGCAGCGGGUGGAAGGGGCAGAGGCAUUUCUGGAUCAGGCUCCUGUGCAUCCUGCAUUCAGGAACCUGGAGGACCAUGGAGCAGCUGCCAAGGAGCGGAGCAGGAAUGCUGUGCACACAGGGAUGCUGGGGCCACCAGCUGGUCACCCCUCUGCCCCCCAGCCCAGCACGGAGGGUCCCAACGAGCCAGGAGCCUCGGGCCACCCAGUUUCAGGGAGCCCUGACCCCCGAACACUCACAGGCAUUGGGAACCCACACUUCCGAGCAGGCACAUCCCCUGCCCAACACAGCCCGGGGGCAGAGGACAUCGACCCCCAGGACAUCACGGAGGAGGAUGACUCCUGGUGUCCCACCUGCUCUUCAUCUUCGGACUCGGAGGAAGAGGGUUUCUUCUUUGGGAAGCCCAUCCCCAAGCCCGGGAUGAAUUCCCUGGACAGGGAGCCCCUGGGGAGGGCCAGGGGCAGGACAGCGAAGCUGCGGGGCAGCAGCAAGCACUGCAGUGUGUCCUAGCAGAGGGGACUUGGGGGGGG